GCAGUAAUUCACCAAAAAAGCAAAUAUAAAUGGAGAUAGGAAAACGGAACAAUUUUCAUGAGAAAUCAUCGAAAUGUAUCGCCGUUCAACCGACGCAUCCGUGGUGCCAUUGCAGAUACGAGGAUGACCGAAAUUGUUUUUACUACCCCUUUCGCGUUAUCAUUUCCGGAGAUACGAGAAUUAUCGAACCUACAAAACGUUAACUUCAAGCUGAAUUGAAGCGCAGUUACUAUUCGGAUUUCCUCAAGAACGCUUAAAAAUUCAACGAUAAUUAGUGAAGCUAAGAAAUUUAAAGGAAGUGAAUAAAAAAAGAGUCCAAUAAUGAUUUCCAAACUGUUGGUAUUAUCGAUGCAGUUCAUGAUGGCUGUUCUAGUUGCGAGUCAAGAAACGGAUUUCACAUGCGAAAAGCAAGGUUAUUUCGCAGCAAACAAUUGUGAAGAUUAUUACUUUUGUGCUAAACUUUCAAGUGGAGACUUUUACGUGAUAGAAUACACCUGUCCCCAAGGGAAAUUAUUCUCAAAUCCAGCCCAGCAAUGUGUUCCGAGUGAAAAGUUUUCGUGCGACUCCAAUAACUCAAAUCCGGGCGAUGAACCUAUUUUGGGAGAUGAUUUCGUAUGCACUUCUGCAGGACGCUUCCCCGACACGACGUCGAUGGAUUGUAAAAAAUACUACACCUGCACAUUCGAUGGAACUCAGCUAAACGCCAUUUUGAGAUCCUGCCCUGGUACGUUGAUUUUCUCGUGGGAUACUAGUAACUGUGUAGCACCUGGAGCUUUCAUUUGUCCCGAUUUAUCAACCACUACAACUGACUCCAGUACAUCUACUAGCACCGAAAUGACAACUUCAACUACACCCGAGACGAGUUCGUCAUCAACCGUUGAAGUGACAAAGACUACAACACCAGUCAUUGUUUCGAGCACAACUACGUUGACGACAACGACAGAUUCCGGUGAAUUUAUCUGUUCUAAGUCUGGAUAUUUCCCGCUGCCAGAUUGUUCGACUUACAUCUAUUGUCUGAAGCCUGUCUACGGAUCCUUUAAACAAUUCACUUUCCGUUGUUUGCCCGGGUAUAAAUUCAACCCCACCUUGGCAACCUGUCAGCCAAAUUACAGCUGUAGUUAGUGAUUUCAAUUUGGAAUCUUCGCAACACCAAGCAUCAAUAGUCUCCUGUCUACAUCGAAUAUAGUUCUAUAGUUGAUAAUGUUUGAAGCCUCCUAUUGCAUUUCUGAUUACUGGAGUCAGUUCUGUAGAAAUUCUGAGUGUGAAAUUUUGAUU